AGCCGCAUCUCGCGCAUUGUUUUGGUUUUUUUCCCUCUUGCAUUUUCUUCCUUUUCACACAUUUUCCUGGACAAUAGCAACUGAAAUCGUGUCGAAACGGACUCAAUAAUGAAUCUUGAACUACUGGAGUCCUUUGGCCAGAACUAUCCGGAGGAGUUUGAUGGAUCACUGGAUUGCAUCUCACUGGCGCUCACGUGUACCUUCAAUCGCUACGGCACUCUCCUGGCUGUGGGGUGCAACGAUGGGCGGAUUGUGAUAUGGGACUUCUUGACGCGAGGCAUCGCCAAGAUUAUCUCAGCUCACGUGCAUCCUGUGUGCAGUCUCAGCUGGUCCAGGAGUGGUCACAAGCUCCUGUCCGCCUCCACGGACAACAAUGUGUGCAUAUGGGACAUUCUCACCGGCGACUGCGAGUACAAAUUCCGCUUCCCGUCGCCGGUGUUGAAGGUCCAAUUCCAUCCGAGGGACAACAACAAGUUCCUCGUGUGCCCCAUGAGAUAUGCGGCUGUUCUCGUGGAGAUUGGGGGAUCGCACAAGCUGGUGCCCCUGGACCAGGAUGGGGAUCUCAAUAUUAUCGCCACAUUCGACCGGCGAGGAGAAUAUCUAUUCACGGGAAAUGGCAAAGGAAAAGUGCUUGUGUUCAAGGCGGGCUCAAUGGACAUCGUGGCGACAUUCAAGAUCAUCGUAGGCGCGUCCAGUGUCACGGCCAUCAAGAGUAUAGAGUUCGCGAGGCGUGGAGACGCCUUCCUCAUCAACUCCUCAGACAGAAUCAUCAGGAUCUACAACGUGAAGGAUGUGAUUGCGUGUGGGAAGAACGGGGAACCGGAGGCGGUCCAGAAGCUCCAGGAUUUGGUGAACAAGACGACGUGGAAGAAGUGCUGCUUCUCCGGCGACGGCGAGUACGUUUGCGCCGGCAGUGCGCGCCAACACGCUCUAUACGUGUGGGAGAAGUCCGUGGGCAAUCUGGUGAAGAUUCUGCACGGCACCAAAGGGGAGCUCCUGCUGGACGUCGUGUGGCACCCCGUGCGUCCCAUCAUUGCCAGCAUCAGUUCGGGCCUGGUGUCGAUCUGGGCGCAGAAUCAGGUGGAGAACUGGUCGGCCUUUGCGCCGGACUUCAAGGAGUUGGACGAGAAUGUGGAGUACGAGGAGCGCGAAUCGGAGUUCGACAUCACGGACGAGGACAAGUCCAUUGACAUGAGCAACGAGGCGAAGAUGGAUGAGGAGAUUGAGGUGGAUGUGUGUCGAGUGGAGCAAAUUGCCGCCUUCUGCAGCUCAGACGAGGAGUACGAUGACUCCAACAGUCUGCAGUUCCUGCCCAUGGCGCCUGAGGUGGAGGACCCGGAGGAGGGCUGGAACGCCCAGGAGAAUCCCAAUCCCGGCGAGAACACAGAGAACGCGACACAGAACGGGAAUCACGUGAACAGGAAGAAGAAGACGAAAACGUACGACAUCCACUUGGAGCACUCGCCGGCGGAUGAGCAGCACCCGCUGCUGCAGAAUCGCACCAAGGAGAAACAGCCGAUCGCUAUGAAAAAGGGCGGAGCGCGAUCGCGCAAGUGAAUAAAAUUCUC